UCACAAGUGUUGGAUGGUUAUCACCCUUUUCAUUUUCACAAAAAAAACCAGUUUACUUUACUCGGGUGUGAUGAUUUCACCUUGUUUUCAGACCCUAUGCUAGUAACAAACUUUACCAUUGGUUGCAUAGCACUGUGUUCAAAACCCGAGGAGGUGGUUAACGGGUCGUGUUCGGGUGUCGGGUGCUGUCAAACAUCAAUCCCAAAGGCACUCAAGUCUUACUACACUAAUGUUUAUAGUAUGUCUAAUAAUAACCACACUCACAUAUGGUCGUUUAAUCCUUGUAUGUUCUCGUUUUUGGGUGAGCAAGACCGGUUUAUAUUUCAUGGGGUGUCGGAUUUUAUGGACCCCGAUUUCAAGAACCGGACCAGGGCUAGUGUUCCUAUGUUGGUCGAUUGGGUAGUCGGGAACUUGAGCUGUAGUGAGGCUAGGAGUGCUGGUGUGUUGGCUUGUCAAGCGAAUAGCGAGUGUGUUGAUUCGGAUACUGGAGUUCCGGGAUAUAGAUGCAUUUGCAAUAGUGGGUAUCAGGGUCAGCCUUAUCUUGAACCAGGUUGCCAAGACAUCAACGAAUGUGAAGAUCCCAAUAAUCUUUGUGGUGCGGUUUGCACGAAUACGCCUGGAAGUUAUACGUGUAGUUGCGAAGAUGGAUACGUCGGAGACGGCCUGAAAAACGGACGUGGUUGUGCAAAGGAAAAUUCAGAGUUCCCCGUUAUUAAGUUCUCUUUAGGUAUGGGGUUUGGUUUCUUGGCCAUUUUAGUAGGAACAACAUGGCUUUAUUUUGUUGUCAAGAAAAGGAAUCUUGUUAAACUCCGACGAAAGUUGUUUCAACAAAACGGGGGUUUGCUACUCAAACAACAUAUUACGACCAGCGAAGGCAAUGUUGAUUCAACAAAGGUCUUCACAGCACAAGAGUUAGAAAAAGCCACCAACAAUUACGCUGAAGACCGGAUCUUGGGUCGUGGUGGUUAUGGGACAGUAUACAAAGGCAUUCUCAACGAUCAACGGGUAGUUGCAAUCAAGAAAUCACGAGUUAUAGACGAAACCCAAAUCGAGUUAUUCAUCAAUGAAGUGAUUAUAUUAACACGAGUUCACCACAGGAACGUGGUAAAGCUAUUGGGAUGUUGCUUAGAGACCACAAUUCCAUUAUUAGUAUAUGAGUAUGUAUCUAAUGGGACACUUUUUAAUCAUAUUCAUAGUAAAGAAACCAUCACUUGGUUAUCAUUGGAGAAUCGGUUAAGAGUAGCAAACGAAGUUGCUGGUGCACUUUCGUAUCUUCAUUCGGCUACAUUGACCCCUGUUAUCCAUAGAGAUGUGAAAUCCGCAAACAUAUUAUUAGACGAUAACUACACCGCAAAGAUGGCGGAUUUUGGAGCUUCAAGAUUUGUCCCACUAGAUCAAACACAAGUGACCACUUUGGUUCAAGGGACAUUAGGUUACUUAGAUCCAGAGUACUUUAAUACAAGUCAGUUAACUGAAAAGAGUGAUGUUUAUAGUUUUGGUGUGGUGCUUGCUGAGCUUCUAACUGGGGGAAAACCACUUUGUGCGGAACGUGGUGAAGCAGAACGAAAUUUAGCAACUUAUUUCAUUAUGUCGCUAAAAGAAAACCGUUUGUUCCAAAUUCUUGAACCUAGAGUUGUAAGGGAGGGUACCCUAGAGCAACUUCAACAAAUUGGUAAGCUUGUGAAAAGAUGCCUUAACUUAUUAGGAGAUGAGCGACCAACGAUGAAAGAAGUCGCGACUGAACUUGAAGCGUUACGUAAGUUUACUCAACAUCCAUGGGCGAGUCAACAUGUUGAUGAAGAGAAUGCAAGCUUGUUAAACGUGCAGAACCAAGAAACCGACCUAUACGCAAAUCAAUAAACCUAUAUUCUAGUUCCGGGGAAAUCUCUCAUGCUUUUAGCAUUGAUAAUUGUCUUAUAGUUCCUACAAGUAUUCUUCGAUAAUAAGAUUUGUUAUUGUUUGAAUGUUCUUGAAUAAAUCUAAAAAUGUGUUUGUA